AUGCCUUCCCUGUUCCAUCUGAGUGUACUCUUUACCUUCAUCCUGCUGCUCGGCACGAAUCUCGCGAAUGUGGAGGCCUGUGGAGUUACUCCUGCCACCGUCACUGAGCUAAUUUACCCAACUGAAGUUACCAAUCCGCCGGCAAGCCCGAUCAAUGAAGAUGGAAGCUCAGCCGGUCACUGUUCUGUAAAUGGUAUCACUCGCCGAUGUGGUCAUACUUCUGACUUUAGCCACUAUCCAAAAUUUACCACUACCCAAGUGGUGCCAGAGACUCAAGCCGCUUCUUCGGUUUCGGCUUCGGAACCCGAGACCUCAAUUUCGAGUGUAGGUAGCCACUUGACCACUUUUGUCACUCACAAGGUAUCUGCUUCGACCAACGUGGGUCAUGCUACAUCGGCGACUGCGACUUCCGAGGCUACACACGUUGCAAAAUCCGUCUUAGCCCCCGUCCCUGGUGAGACUGAGGCAUCGGCAAGCUCAACUACAUUCUCUGAAUCGAAAACUUCAGCUUCCACCAAGGCAUCUGCAUCUGUACCCUCAGGAUACCCCUACAGAGGCAGUUACCCCGAUAAAGUCCUGUACACGCACAAUGUUCAUCGAGCAAAUCAUAGCGCAACUAAUCUGAGCUGGGAUCAGAGACUGGCUGACACUGCACAUGCAUGGGCAAUUACAUGCCAGUUCAGACACAAUACCUCUAUGCUCCCAGGCGGAUACGGUCAGAACCUAGCCGGCAGUGCUCCCACAGCUAGUCUCGCACAGCACAUUUCUGAGUUCUGGUAUAAUAACGAGCUCAGGAAUUUCGAUCCUUACUACGGACAACCAACUCCCGGGGGAGAUUUAGGGACCUGCGGUCAUUUUACGCAGGUUGUUUGGAGGGAUACCAGCAAGGUUGGAUGUGCAACAGUUGACUGCCGAGGCUCUACUCUGAGGAUGUGGUAUACUGUGUGCAACUAUUAUCCCCCUGCCCUCCUCUUCGCUCCAACUCACCCAAUAACCAAACGAAUCUACGAAGGCUGGAAAAUACACCCAAGAUCCCUCCGCAGUUUAGGCCGCCAGAUCCCGAAUUUCGUCGACAGUGUCUGGGAGGCGGAGAGAUAUGCGGCAGUUUUGGAGGGAUCUUAUUUGAAAUUCUCACAGAAUGAGGACCUUAAGCUGUUGUUGCUGGAGACUGGGGAUCGAGAGUUGGUCGAGGCUAGUCCGCGAGAUAGGAUCUGGGGUAUUGGGUUUGGAAAGGACGCUGCUGGAAUGCGGAGGGAAGAGUGGGGGUUGAAUUUGUUGGGGAAGGCUCUUAUGGAGGUUAGAGCAAGGUUGAGGGAGGAGGGGCUUAGGAAGUAG